AUCCCACACAUCCGCCAUCACUACAGCUAAACCCACAAACUGAGUAGUGUUAUUAGGCAAGGCAGGGAUUGACAACAGCACAGAGACAGCCAGGAGCCCAGGCCUUGGGGAAAGGUCGAGUGGGGAUCCAUAAAUGAUUGUAUGCCGCUGUCUUGUUUAACAACAACCCCCAAAAACCGUGUUUGAUGUUUGAGGAGAGUCAACAAACUCAGUGACAAAAAUAAACAAACAAACAACAACAACAAAAAAACAUGUCUAAUCUGAGCAAAGGCGGCACCAAGAAGGACACUAAGAUGAGGAUACGAGCUUUUCCUAUGACCAUGGAUGAGAGGUAUGUGAACAACAUCUGGGAACUGUUGAAGAAUGCCAUCCAGGAGAUCCAGAGGAAGAACAACAGUGGCCUAAGCUUUGAGGAGCUGUACAGAAACGCCUACACCAUGGUACUGCACAAACACGGCGAGAAGCUCUACACAGGCCUGCGGGAGGUCGUCACAGAGCACCUAAUCAAUAAAGUCCGAGAAGACGUACUCAACUCCUUAAACAACAAUUUCCUGCAGACUCUAAACCAGGCGUGGAAUGAUCAUCAGACGGCCAUGGUCAUGAUACGAGACAUUUUAAUGUACAUGGACCGUGUGUAUGUGCAGCAGAAUAACGUAGAGAACGUGUAUAACUUGGGCCUGAUCAUCUUUCGAGACCAGGUAGUUCGGUACGGCUGCAUCAGAGACCACCUCCGCCAGACACUGCUGGACAUGAUCGCCAGGGAACGGAAGGGCGAGGUGGUGGACAGAGGAGCAAUUAGAAAUGCGUGCCAGAUGCUUAUGAUAUUGGGCUUGGAGGGGCGGUCAGUGUAUGAGGAAGACUUUGAAGCUCCUUUCUUAGAAAUGUCUGCAGAGUUCUUCCAGAUGGAGAGUCAGAAGUUCCUGGCAGAGAACAGCGCCAGUGUGUACAUAAAGAAAGUAGAGGCACGGAUAAAUGAAGAGAUUGAGCGAGUGAUGCACUGUCUGGACAAGUCGACAGAGGAGCCAAUCGUCAAGGUAGUAGAGCGGGAGCUCAUCUCCAAGCACAUGAAGACCAUUGUGGAAAUGGAGAACUCUGGCCUGGUCCACAUGCUUAAAAACGGAAAGACGGAGGAUCUGGCCUGUAUGUAUAAACUAUUCAGCAGGGUGCCAAACGGGCUGAAAACAAUGUGUGAGUGUAUGAGUCUGUAUCUGAGAGAACAGGGGAAAGCGCUGGUGUCCGAGGAGGGAGAGGGCAAGAACCCUGUCGACUACAUACAGGGCCUGCUGGACUUGAAGAUGCGCUUUGACCGCUUCCUGCAGGAAUCGUUCAGUAACGACCGGCUCUUUAAACAGACCAUCGCUGGAGACUUUGAGUACUUUCUGAACCUCAACUCCCGAUCACCCGAGUACCUCUCACUCUUCAUUGACGACAAGCUGAAGAAAGGAGUCAAAGGACUGACUGAGCAGGAGGUCGAGUCCAUCCUGGAUAAGGCUAUGGUGCUCUUCCGGUUCAUGCAGGAGAAAGAUGUUUUUGAGCGUUACUACAAACAGCACCUGGCCAGAAGACUUCUCACCAAUAAGAGCGUCUCUGACGACUCGGAGAAAAAUAUGAUCUCCAAGCUUAAGACAGAGUGUGGUUGUCAGUUCACCUCUAAACUUGAAGGCAUGUUCAGGGACAUGAGCAUCUCUAACACCACCAUGGACGAGUUCCGGCAGCACCUGCAGUCCACCGGGGUAUCUCUAGGUGGUGUUGAUCUCACAGUCAGAGUCCUGACUACAGGUUACUGGCCCACACAGUCAGCUACGCCCAAAUGUAACAUCCCUCACUCCCCACGACAUGCCUUUGAGGUCUUUAGAAGGUUUUACUUGGCCAAGCACAGUGGCCGGCAGCUCACACUGCAGCACCACAUGGGCUCAGCAGACCUCAAUGCCACCUUCUAUGGGCCUGUGAAAAAGGAGGAUGGGUCAGAGUUAGGCGUAGGAGGUGCACAGGUAACAGGCUCUAACACAAGGAAGCACAUACUGCAGGUUUCCACCUUCCAGAUGACUAUCCUCAUGCUCUUCAACAACAGAGAAAAGUGCACUUUUGAGGAGAUCCAGCAGGAGACGGAUAUCCCCGAGCGGGAGCUGGUACGAGCGUUGCAGUCUCUGGCGUGUGGAAAGCCCACGCAGCGAGUGCUUACCAAGGAGCCGAAGAGCAAAGAGAUUGAGAACGGCCACAUGUUUACAGUCAACGACCAGUUUACCUCCAAACUGCACAGAGUCAAAAUCCAGACAGUCGCUGCUAAACAGGGGGAGUCAGACCCAGAGAGGAAGGAGACACGACAGAAAGUGGACGACGACCGGAAACACGAAAUCGAGGCAGCCAUAGUACGCAUCAUGAAAUCUAGAAAGAAGAUGCAGCACAAUGUACUUGUAGCAGAGGUGACUCAGCAGUUAAGGGCGCGGUUCCUCCCCAGCCCAGUGGUGAUUAAAAAGAGAAUUGAAGGACUUAUAGAAAGAGAAUAUUUGGCACGAACACCAGAGGAUCGCAAAGUGUACACUUACGUGGCAUAGACAUGGACACAAACAGAGGAGUGUGUGAGGAAAAAAAAAAACAAAAGGAAAAAAACUGCUCAUAUGGACUUGGAAAUUCAU